AUGUGUUCUCAUGCAUGCAGCACCAAAGAGUACCCAGUGGUGCCUCGCAGCACGGUGCGACAGAGAGUUGGCUCCAGCCAGAGUCCGUUCAGUGGGGACAUCCAGGGCUUGGCCACGGCCAGCACGCUGAGCUCCCAGUACUCCCAGGGUGAGAACGGCGUUACGAGCACCUCUCAGGACCUGCUGCCCCAGUCGGGGUCCUACCCGCUCCCACACGAGCACAGUCAAGAGUACUGCAUCAAGAGGAAAGUGGAGGAUGACUGUCACUCAGGUGAGCACAGCUAUAAGAAAGCCUAUCUGGAGAGCUCUUCCAGUGAGGAGGACCAUUACUACCGGCCUGUUGGCUACCCUCAGAGCCUUAGUCUUGCCAGCGGGCCUUACCGCAGUGAAUCCAGCCAGCGGCAGGCCUGUAUGUACGCCGGCGCCUCACAAGGCCCAGAAUCUGUUCCCAGUUUGGAGGACAUCAGCUGCAACACCUGGGCCAGCGUCUCACCUUACGGUAGUUGUUCCGUCACCACCAUGCAGCCGAUGGAGAGACUUCCCUACCAACACUUCUCCGCCCACUUCACCUCAGGGUCUUUAGUGUCCAGACUGGGCGGGGUGGGAGGCCACGCCUCGCAGCAGCUGGGCGAAGGCCACCAUACGGCUAUGUACCAGAGCUCCAUGACCCACCAGACUCUGGGCCGGCAGUGCAGUCCCGGGGCUGGGAUCCAGUCCCCAACAGCUGGCUUACAAGGAAACGAGUACCUCUAUACGCACGGCAUACAGCGCACGCUAUCACCACACCAGUACCACUCUGUUCACAGCGUCAGCAUCAUGCCAGAGUGGAGCGAGAACAGCUAAAAGAAGAAACACUUUAUCACUCAUCAGAUGCAGAUUUAAAAAAAAAAAAAAGACUUCAAUGGACCAAGGGCAGAGUUUAGAUAAAUUUAUAUUUAUAUUUUUAAGAAUGUGUUGCCAUUAAGCUUAAUAAAACCAGUGUUAUUUCAUUGAGAACAGCGGGUGCAGUGGGUGGUGGUGACC